CUACUCGAUCUAGUGUCCGUUGGCAUCCAUGAGUACUUUUUCAGGUGAAAGUCAAGACGACCAAAGUUCUACGAGGCAUCGUUCACCUAUCAAAAGGAGAUCAAGAAGUCGUUCUCCUCAACAAAGUCGAGUGAGAUCGAAACGCAUAGUCAUUGCAAACAUCCCAUAUGAUUUAAAUUGGCAAAAGCUGAAGGAGUUGUUUAGAGAACAAAUCGGGUUUACUGGCUUUCUACAGUUGUUUAAAAAAAAUGGAAAACCAAACGGUAUGGGUUUGAUGGAGUUUAAGACACUCGAAGGAGCACAAAAAGCUAUUGAGAUGAUGCAUCGUUUUGAAGUUGGAGACAGAAAAUUGGUUGUUCGACAAGAGACUGCUCGUGAUGCUGCUCGCUUUGCAUCAAUGGAAGUUGACGGAGGGCUUCUAAGUGAUUCUGGAAAUCCCAACGAGUCUGUAAAUAUGGCAGCAGCAGGACCUGUUUUCACUCCUCAAAUCUUAGGUCAAGUCGGUAUGGACGGGCCAAUCACUGAUUCUGUGUACGUCAGUAAUCUUGACUAUAGUGUAACGUGGCAGAAGCUUAAAGAUGUCUUCAAAUCGGCUGGGAAAAUUCUCAGCUCGGUUAUAAAAACAGACUCAGAAGGCAAUUCUCGUGGUGUUGGCAUAUUAAAAUUUUCGAAUGCGUAUGAAGCAGUCCAAGCCGUCAAUAUGUUUAACAACCAGAUAUUAAAAGACAGACCAAUGCGUGUAAAGAUUGAUCGCCAGGGUACUCCUGCUUCAAUGAACAUAGUUUAUCCCCCACAACAACGAACUGGCUCAUCUGGAAUUCUGGGUUCCACUGGUUCAAUGAUCCCCUCCAAUCCUAUCCUGACUGACCAACAACAAUCUUCAAAUAUUAUUGCUGCUCUUGUGACUUUACUUGGUUUGAAAACAAAUGCCGAUACAAAUCCUCAGAGUGGCAUAAUUGAAGUUCUUCGUAAUUUGGCGUCAAAUGCAAAUCUUUCUGGGGGUCUGAAUACUUUGGCAACUACUGGAUCAUCUAAUAACUCUUCCAACUUUACUGGUCAGUCAUUGUCAUCAAUCCCAGAUGCUUCACCAAGUUCAGGAAUCAAUCGAUCCUACUCAGGUCAACUCCCUCAAGAUGGAUUACAACAAUUAAUUUCAGCAGCUGUCGCUGGUGGAAUGUCCCAGACACAAAUAACCUCUGUAUUAUCGACUCUAGGUUUAUUCCAGAAUUCUCAUUCGGAUCAUCAGUCUGGUCAGUUGAAUGCUUCAAAUAUUAUUGGUCGAGAUGGUGGUGGGUGUGGUGACAGAAGCGUUGAUAGAUCACAUUUUGACAAUGGAUAUGUUGGUCGUUCAAAGUAUGAAAUUCCAGGUAAUUAUCGGGUAGAUUCUCGGAGUAACAGACAAGAUUCAUAUAAUAUUGGCGGUUCUCUGAUGAAAUCAGGGUCGCCUAAUCUUCCGGGCCGUGGAAGUUACUCUAGGUCAUCUGACCGAGGACGUGAUGAAAAUGGUCCACAACAUAACAAUGAUCGACGUCAGAUACCUGAAAAAGUAGUUGUGAAAAAUCUUCCAUUCUCAUUUGAUUCACAUGAUGUGAAAAGAAUAUUCAGAGAAGUUGGAGAUCUAAACACUUGUAAUCUGGUAACAGACUCUCAAGGUCACUCUCAAGGAAUCGCAUUUAUCACAUAUGCAGAUAUUGAUGGUAUUUAUCGUGCAAUAGAUGCUUUUGACGGUAAAAUAUUUGAAGGGCGACGUCUUCGAGUGCAUGCUGAAUAAUAAUAUUAGGUGAGUCACUGACUAUUAAUUUUGGAACCUUAAUUAUUUGAGUGAUGUCAUUUUAUUCUUAUGAGUAGUUUAAUUCUGUGGGUGAAUUAUUUUUUCUUGAGCGCUAACAGUAGUGUUGGACUCGUGGUGGCUUAGUGGUUGAGAGGUUCGACUUGCAGCCACUAAAUUCCGUAUUCGAACAUCGCUCUACCUACUUGAGGUUGAGCAACUAGUGAUUAUCACUAUGUCCUAAGUACCUCGUGAAUGAGUUGAAUUUAUUAUUUUUACGUAGUGAUUCGAUCUUUUAACUCCACUUCACCUACCAUAUAUAUUUUUAUUUUAGUUCAUACCAUUUAUAUGACCAGUGCUAUUGCUUAAACAUUUUUUCUUGAAUAUAAAAUGUUGUAGGCGUUAUUUACGCCUAAGUUUUUCAUUAUGAACAUUCGUGUAAGAUUUUAAACCUUCUAUAGAAAUAUAUGAGUCUAUAUACUUAGUUAACAAGCUAAAACCAUAUCUAAAACAAGAAAUUCGACAGACUAGUUAGAACGGUAUACAGUUGUUCACGGAAACCAUUCUCAAAAGAAAAAAAUUCAAAAAGAAUUACCUUGGUUGAAAAGUGUUUGCGAAAUGAGUUUGUCGCCAAGUAUAGAAAGACAAAAAAGAAAAGAACAGGAAUUCCCAUGGUCGAAAAAACUCAGCUAACUAACAAGACAUUGACCACUAAGACAGUAACCAAUCAAUUAUAAAUAUUUCACUUCUUCUUAAGCGAGAGGUCAGUUGCUGCUCGUAUUGCUCAGACUUUGAAGUCGGGAGAUGCGGAUCCGAAUCGUACAGAGAGCUCUCAAAACACUACUUGUCCGCCUUGCCGUGCUUUUUACUUUCAAGCGACCAUUUCUAUCUUACUAAUCAUACUAACCAAAAUAAUUUCUAUGAAUAUUUCACUGAAACAUAUUGUCUGUUAUCCUCUUUUCUUUAUUGUAGAUUGGAUUACGGUUUAUCUUACUUUUACAAAAAAUGUAUUCUUCGUAUUAUACGAACAGUUAUGCACCGUCGAAUGUUUUUAUCGUUUCCUCCAGUUUCUGGCACCGUUCAUUUCUUCUUUACUGUAUAUCGAUAUUAUUGUUGUUAUUAUGUUUCCACCUGUGAAUGAACAUUGUUUGUUAGGUACAUGAAAUUCUUUUCAUUGCUUACACGAUAAACAAUGAUAGUAAUAAUAAUCACAAAUGCAUAUGGGUUUAUAAAAUGUUUUAUUUUCUCUGUUUCCCACCAUUUUCGGAUUUUCUAUCUUUUUAUAUUUAUUGUUGUUGCCCGACGCAUUUUUAUUGUCCGUUUGUUAGUUUGUCGUUUUCACUUUCAUGCCGUUAAUACCGUUCAAAAAAUAAUCAUCGUCAUAACCACUGUGGUUACUAAGGAAAUAUAACAUUUUUCUAUUAUGUGUUUCUGUAUUGUUACGUUCUAAUGUAAAUUGGUGGUUGCUAUGAAAAUAUGCAGU